GGGACAGAGCACAGAAGGACCAGGACAGAAACACACCAAAACAGAAGCAAAGGAGAGAAACAGAAACUUAACAUCAAAAAAAAAAAAUCUUUAUUAAGUUCCAGAUAACUUGAGAUAUCUGGGUGAGGAGUUCUGUAUCUGCUGUAUAGUGUCGCUGUGAAAUCCUUUUCAGAGUGUUUCUGCUCUCCCGAGUAGAGCUUUGCAUUAUCCCACCGAAGAAGACUGGGGGCAAAGAAGUCAGGAUGAGAUCCACAGUCCUCGCUCUCCUUGUUUUGGGGACCUGCGCCCUGGGAGGGUGGUGUCUCCACCUCAAAUCCAUCUUCGUUACCUUCCCUGGAGACAUACUCAAGAACAGGACCGACACCGAGCUGGCGGACGACUACCUACGGCGGUUUGGCUACAUGAAUGUUCAGCACCACAGUGGCCUGGAGCCAUCCAUGUCCAUGUCCAAGGCUCUGAAGAUGCUGCAGCGGCAGUUUGGCCUGGAAGAGACCGGAGAACUGGACCAGCCCACAGUCACCGCCAUGAAACAGCCCCGCUGUGGAGUCCCCGACAUCCACAACUAUCAGACGUUCGCGGGUGACCUCAAAUGGGACCACAACGACAUCACUUACAGGAUCUUGAACUAUUCUCCGGACAUGGAAGCCUCCGUGAUCGAUGAUGCUUUUGCGCGAGCGUUCAAGGUGUGGAGUGAGGUCACCCCACUGACGUUCACCCGCCUCUAUGACGGGACCGCUGACAUCAUGGUGUCCUUCGGGAGAGCAGAUCACGGAGAUCCCUACCCAUUUGACGGCAAAGACGGCCUGCUGGCCCACGCCUACCCCCCAGGGGAGGGGGUUCAGGGCGAUGCCCACUUUGACGACGAUGAGUUCUGGACCCUUGGGAAAGGACUGGUGGUGAAGACGCACUAUGGCAACGCUGAGGGUGCGAUGUGUCAGUUUCCGUUCGUGUUCGAGGGGAAGUCAUACUCCACCUGCACCACCGAGGGGCGCUCUGACGGCCUGCCCUGGUGUGCCACCACAGCAGACUACGGCAGAGACAAGAAGUACGGCUUCUGCCCCAGCGAACUGCUGUACACGUUUGACGGUAACAGCGGCGGGGCUGCGUGCGUGUUCCCCUUCGUGUUCCUGGGCGAGACCUACGACAGCUGCACCACGGAGGGCCGCAGCGAUGGCUACCGCUGGUGUGCCACCACCAAGAACUACGACCAGGACGAGAAAUACGGCUUCUGCCCAAACCGCGACACGGCUGUGAUUGGUGGAAACUCUGAGGGAGAGCCCUGCCAGUUCCCCUUUAAGUUCCUGGGAAACACGUACGACUCCUGCACCAGCGAGGGCCGCGGAGACGGGAAGCUGUGGUGUGCGACGACGGGCGACUACGACCGCGACCAGAAGUGGGGGUUCUGCCCCGACAAGGGCUACAGCUUGUUCCUGGUAGCAGCUCAUGAGUUUGGACACGCUUUGGGUCUGGACCACUCCACCGUCCAGGAGGCCCUCAUGUUCCCCAUGUACAGCUACGUGGAGAAGUUGUCCCUGCACCAAGAUGACAUUGAAGGCAUCCAGUAUCUCUAUGGACCAAAACCUGGCCCUGACCCCGUUCCUCCUACCCGUGCUGCAACUGACCCCACCCCCACCGAGAAGACCACUCCCCGGACCACAACCACUACUACACCUGCUCCUGUGGACCCCUCUCUGGAUGCUUGCUGCGUGGACAAAUUUGACACCAUCAUUCUGAUCCAGCAGGAGCUGCACUUGUUCAAGGACGGCCAGUACUGGAAGGUGUCGCAGAAGAAAGGGAUCAAGGGUCCUUACCGCACCUCCGAGACUUGGCCUGCCCUCCCCUCCAUCAUCGACUCUGCCUUCGAGGAUCUGCUCACUAAGAAACUCUACUUCUUCUCAGGGCGCCGGGUGAGGGUGUACACCGGGAGCAGCAUGCUGGAGCCCCACAGCCUGGAGAAGCUGGGCCUGCCUGGCAGCCUGGAGCGUGUGGAGGGAGCCCUGGAGAGGGGCAAGGGCAAGGCCCUGCUCUUCAGCGGGGAGAAAUACUGGAGGCUGGACGUAAAAACGCAGACCAUCGACGAGGGCUACCCGCGCGAUGUAGACCAGGACUUUGGAGAUGUACCCAUCGAUGCUCAUGAUGUCUUCCUGUACAAAGGACACACCUACUUCUGCCGCGAAGGUUUCUAUUGGAGGAUGAACUCCCAAAAGCAGGUGGACCAGGUUGGCUACAUCAAGUAUGACGUUCUGAAGUGUUCUGUCCCCUCCCGCCGCCAUUGGUGAGGACGACUCCCCCCUUUGCAGAUCUCUUCAGAAUAAUUAACUGGCGUUGAGCAUUUUGUUACCCCUGUGGGACUUAACUGUGUCGUAUCAGCUGAAAAGCCUGACGAGACAGUUUGAGAAUGACACGUUGCAUCUGCAAUUCCUGAGGUUUGAAACAUCGUCUUCGAUGAUAUGAAAUGGGAAUAUUUGGCCUCAUGCUCAAAACUAUUUCAGAACAGUAGUAACCAACCCUGCGUCCUGUAGGUUUUCACUCCCACUCUAGCAAAGCACACCUCUUUCAACAGCUAGAGGUCUUGUUCAGCUGCUUAUCAGUAGUGUGCCAAAUUAGGGUUGGAAUGAAAACCUGUUUGAUCUCCAGAAACAGGGUUGGUUACCAAUGUUUCAGAACAUAGCACUUGAAAUAAAAUAGUUUUUUGUCUGUUCUUUUAAAGUCAAGAUUUUGUUCUGUGUCACUUUGAAAGGUACAGUGACACAUUACCACAUACGUAUGUUUUGCACAAUUAUAUAUCACUGUGAUUUAACAGUGGACAUUGCCUGUCACAACCAUCAGGCUCUCUGGUUGGUCACAAAAACAAUGCACCAUAAUAUGUGAAUGAACUUUUUUCUCACAUACUACCACAUGUCUGAUUCAUGGCAAUAUUAAGUAUUUCCAAAUUUAUACAUGUGACCAAAUAUGUGUUUUUGGAUGAAACACAAAGACCAAAGAGCAAAAAUAAUUCAAAUCUGUGAAUAACAAUUUUGCAAUAAUGUUGCAAAUUAUUCAUCUGACUAUCAUUGACAUUUUCACUAGUGGUGAGAAAGUUAAAUCAUCAAUUCUUACAAAUAUGUACCUACAUGUUGUUUAAUAAUUCUUAUUGUUUGUACUGAAAUUAAAGUUUCUAAUUCAGCAGACCGAAUUCUCAGUCUGUUUCUACUGCUUUUAACCUGUUUGCCUGGAGCAAACUCUAAGUCAUUUGUGUCUGCUUUGAAAGCCUUGAUUAUUUAAAUUGUUUAUUUUAUUUUAUUUGAGUCUUAUCAUAAGCAUUUUUUCUUGUUAUGCUCAUGAAAACUGCCUCAAUGGACUGGAAGGCAUAUUAGAAUCUCAGUCCAAUAUUAAGUUAUUUUAUAGCUCAAGGGAAAUGUUGUCACUUUGUAGAACUGCAAGUUCAAUAAACAAGCCAUUUAAAUA